CUGCAGGACUCGGAGCAGGCCUGAUGGCAAUCGGGCCCACAUGGCAGCGGCACAGUACCUCUGCAGAGGAUUUUGUUUCCCCACCUCCACUUCUCUCCCUUCCCUUCCUCCCCUUCCCAUUCCUCCCACCGCCCGUCGUCCUCGCGCCCCACCGCCGCCGGCGUAGGGUUGCAGGCCCUCCCGUUCUCACUGCCCUGGUUCCAAUCGCCCGCACGGGCCAUCAGCCUCUGACGCUGCCGCACAGGGGCGAGAUCGGCGGGCGAACGCGUCGCCGGCGGAGCGGGAGCAUGCCGUGGGGCCCUCCGUGAGCGAGCCUGAGGCGAAGGUUGUCGGGGCGAGGCCGUAGCGUUAGCUCCUGUCUGUGCCCGAAGCAAACAUGGAGGUGGAUGAGGCUGCCGUUCUGGGCAGAGCGGCGCCUGUGGGGAGCGGGGCAAAUGUGGGGACCGUCCCAGUCCCAGGGGAAGUGCGGGAUCCGGCUCACGUGGUGCCGGAAGAGAAUAUGGAGGUGGAUGAGGGCGGCAUCGCCGAACAAGGGCGUACUACCACAACAGCUGUGGCAAGCGCUGGUGGCCUUCAGGUGGAUGAGGUGGUCGGGGAACGCUUGGUGGGCCGGUACAUUGGCCGGAGCGCUCCAGGGCAUGGAAGAAUCAUUCUUAUUGGGAAGGUUGCAUCCUAUGACAGCACCACUGGGGUCUAUGGCGUGGUGUUUGAGGACGGACAGGUUGAGGAUCUUGGACUUGCUAAGCUCCAGGAGUUUCUCGUGUCUGAGUGUAAUGGCACAUUAGACAUGGAGGCCAGCUGCAGGAAGAGGAAGCUGGACUUGCCGGUUCCAUCUGGGAGCGCCUUGGAUGUCCGAGAGCCGGCGAGUACCAGGCAGAGGGUUGAUGGAUGUGCGAUGCCUACCAUGCCUGAUGCGCCACAGCAGAGCGCAUCAGGCUCGGAUACUUCUGAUGAUAUUGAAUGUUCCAGCAAUUCAUCAGAUUUCAGUGAAGAAGAACCAUCCGAGCCAUGCCCUCCAGUGCAGAUUGUGGAGUUGCCACCGUCAUCGGGAGAUAUUGAUGUGCCAGAAGAGUCCAUAAGUUAUCUCUUUGCUGUUUAUAGCUUCCUGCGGUCAUUCAGCGUUCAGCUGUUCCUGAGUCCAUUUGGGCUGGAUGAUUUUGUUGCAGCCAUUAAUUGCACCGUGCAGAAUAACUUGUUGGAUGCUGUACAUUUCUCGCUACUGCGGGCACUGAGACGGCAUCUGGAAUCUAAAUCCACUAAGCUUGCUUCGAAUUGCUUUAGGUAUCUGGAUUGGACACUAAUAGACACAUUGACUUGGCCAGUGUUCUUACUAGAAUACCUGUACGUGAUGGGUUGCAUUAAGAAUCUAGGGGUUCAGAGUUUUGCUAGAAGCCUCCUAGCCACUGAAUACUAUAAGCUUCCUGUUGCCGUGAAGCUGAGGGUGCUGCAAAUACUCUGUGAUCAUGUCAUCGAUUCAGAAGAACUCAAAACAGAACUGGAGGUUCGAGAAGGCUACAACGAGGGGAUGGAAAAUGAGACUGAUCGUAGUGUUUUCUUGGGGCCUGGUUCAAGCGCAGUCUCUGCUAGAGCCACACAGGCCUCUGCUUAUAAAAGAAUAGGUGAUCUACAAAGCCUGGGAAGAGCUCCAAAUGUGAACAAUCUAAAAGCUGUUAUAGAAAACGCUUCUCAGGAUGGCAACCAUAAUGCUUGCCGAAUAUGUGGAAUGAAUGGGACUUUGUUACAUUGUGAUGGCUGCCCAUGGGCAUAUCAUUCAAGAUGUAUUGGUCAAAACAAAUCUUAUCUUCCCCAGGGAGCAUGGUUCUGUCACGAAUGUGUGGUUAACAAUCUCACACCAACUUCAGCAAGAAUUGAGCGUUGUGCAAGAGGAGCCCAAAUUUUUGGCAUUGAUAUGUGCGGGAGGAUCUUCUUAGGAUCCUGCAACUAUUUGCUGAUCAAAUCCUGCAGGAUUCAAAUGUCUUCAAAUGCAGAGUCUUAUGCAAGAUAUUACAAUCAUCAUGAUGUUGUCAAAGUCCUAGAAGUUCUUGCUCUCUCAGAUGCAUAUAUGGAUAUAUGCAGGCAAAUAAAGGAAUAUAUGAGUGGUGACAAUAAGGCAGCAAAGUUGUCAUCUUUUAAACCGCAGGCGUACAUGAAUCUAUACAAUCAAGGCAACAUUGCAGCAUGUGCUGCUGCUAAUCUAGCUGUUAUCACAGCUGAUCAAGGUAAAGUUUCAUCAUCCCAGCUGACCACAAAUUCCAGGAAGAAAAUCGCUGCGGACAAUGCCCUACAAGUGAAAGUAUUUUCCUCAGCAACCGCACAAUUUGUUUGGCCAAGUACUGAAAAGAAACUUAUGGAAGUCCCAAGAGAUCGAUGUGAUUGGUGCCUUGCCUGUAGAAGUUCAGCAAUUGGAAAUAAAAAGGCAUGUUUUCUUAACAUGGCCGCUGCAAAUGCGACUAAAAGUUCUGCUCGAAUUCUUAGUGCCAUGCAUGUAAUAAGAAACUCUGAUAGCCAUUUCGCCAGCAUUGUUGCUUAUUUAGCCAACAUGGGGGAAAGUUUGUGUGGCCUUUUAGUUGGUUCACUACAAGACAUGCAGCAGAAACAACGGUGGCAUCAACAACUUCGAGAAGCUUCCAACUGUAGAACUGUAAUACCCCUCUUGCUUGAGAUUGUGAUAAUUAGGUGGAGGUUAGGGGCUUGUGCUAUUUGUUGCUUCUGGGUGAAAGCGAGGGCUGCGAUAAGUAUGCAGAACAUGCAUGUUGGCCUCCGAUUAGCUAAUUCACUAAUUUUGGAAAGUAACAUCCGUGGAGUAGCAUUUUCUGAAAGCUGGCUGAAGCCAACAGAUGACUGGCAUGUGGUGUCUCCUGAUGCCGCCGCUGGUGAAAGGCACCACAGAAAGCAUUCGUUAGCAUCUGAAUCUGGUAUUACUAUUGAUGCUGAUAACAGCGGGACUUGGUGGAUCGGCAGAAAUAUUUCAAAGCGUAUUCUGCAGAGGUGGGCUCUUCAAAGGUCAUCCAUAAGAAAAGCUGGUCGUCAAGGUGGUAAAAAGAGGAUAGCAGGUUUAUCCUACCAUGAAGGUUCCAAUUUUCCAAGACGAUCUCUGCAAUUUGCUUGGAGAGCAUGUGUUGGACUAAGCCAAAAUUCAUCUCAACUUGCUUUGCAGGUUAGAUGUCUUGAUGCCCACAUUAGAUGGAAGGAACUCAUCCCUCCAGACCAAAUUCCUUCAGAUGGAGCAAGUUCUAAUUGUGUAUUUUCUGCUUUCAAAAAUGCUGUAGUCUAUGAUAAAAAAAUAAUUGACAAUAAGAUAAGAUACGCAGUUACAUUUACCAACCAGAAGUCUCUUCCUGUGCAUGUAACAAAAAAUAUCUUGGAAGCAGAAGGUAAUCAUAAUGAAAAUAGCAAAUUGUGGUUUUCUGAAAACAAUGUGCCACUGUACAUGUUACGAGAAUUUGAGCUGAAAGCUGGGAUUAGCUCAUUGCCUAGUCCAGAUAUUUCAGACUCCAACUAUUUCACCAAUUUCUUCACAACACGAGUAAAAGCAUAUACUGGGGAUGUCUUUUCUUAUCUCUUUCACAAGGGGGAUGUGUAUACCUGCACCUCAUGCAAGAAGGAUGUUCUAUUCAGGGAUGUUGUUAAAUGCAGCUUAUGUCAAGGUAAUUGCCACAAAGAGUGCACAACAGGAUCUGUUAGUGGCAAAGGAGGCAGUGCUACAUCAAAUUUGGUAUGCAAGUUAUGCCUCCAGAAGCGUAAUCUUAGGCUUGCAAGUUACCAUACAAAUGCAAGUUAUAUCUGGCCUCAACAGAUGAUUAAUGGUCAACAGCCAGUGAAUGCUUCCAAAAUAAUCUUUAAGGUUGGUUAUUCCCAUUCUGCUGAACCUGCACUGAAAGUUGGAGCACAACCAAUCUCAAAGGUUACACAACCAUUUGCAAAGGUUAACAACCAGCCAAUUGUGAAUGUGAAAGGCCAACCACCUGUAAAGUUGGCAACCUUGCCAAUUACAAAUGUAGAAGCUCAAAAUAUCGUCACUUGUGUCCAAGCUGAGCCAAAAAGUAAAAAGUCAAAGUCAGAAAAGACAAAGAAACUUAAAAAUAUUCAAGGGACCACAUAUUUCGGUCUCGUAUGGAAGAAAAAUAAGUAUGACAAAUAUGACGGAAUUGAUUUCAGAGCAAAUGAUGUAAUCCUUCGAAGCAAGGAUGGUACAAGUUCGUCCACGAAACCGACCUGUUGUCUCUGUAACAAAGCUUAUUCUCCGGAUUUCCUGUAUGUCCGCUGUCAGAAGUGCAGAAAUUGGUUUCAUGGUGAUGCCUUGCAACUUGAGGAAGAAAAGAUCAAGGAAUUGAUUGCAUACCAAUGUUGUAGGUGCCGAAGGCGAACCAUACCUCCGUGUCCUCAUUCAGCUGAUUAUAUAAAGCCUUACCCAGAGUUUAUUGAACAAACAGUCGCUGCAUCAUCACAGUCCACUACGCUAGAAGAUCAAGACCCACUGCUUUCUUCAUAUGGAAUAAUUGAAAGAAUUGGGGAAGAAACAUGGGAUGCUGAUUUAUCAUCGAUCAUGGCAAGCUGUCCCCCAGGAAGUAACCAGAAGCUGUCCAUAAGAAGAACCCGAGUUAAAAAUUGUGAAUAACAUGAUCAAGGUGGUGGACCUAUGAAUGAGUGUCAUAUCAACUAGCCUGUCCAUGGAGCACGGGCACGGACUUGAUAAUAUAUCAGCCAUAUGAAUGAAUGCUCUUUGUCAGAGGCAGAGAGUGUGGAGCUUCAGACCUACUGGGCUGGGAUUUUUCCCAAGGAAAGGAAAUUGCAAAUGCUCCUCCUGAUGUCACUGCUAAUUACUGGGGAUGAAAACAGUGAAAUGAUGGAAGAGGCCUAAAGUUCUUUCAGUUUCAUAUUUUCUUCAUGAAUUAAUAUCACCGGAAAUGAAUGUGGUUAUGAAAUGAAA